ACUAAACUAAACCAGGAAACCUGUUAUGGCUACAUCAUGUCCUAUAAAUUCAAUCUUUCGAUAAUUCGGUAUUAUUAGGAAUCCAGGAUCCUAUCUAUUAGCUGAAUCAACUUGUUAGGGUUUCAAAAUUUUCUCUAUCGUAAUACAUUUGUUGUUUUAUAGAAGAAGAAUUUGAGUUAUAAAAUCAGAAGAAAAUGUACAACGGGAUUGGGUUGCAGACACCAAGAGGUUCAGGAUCAAAUGAUUAUGUACAAACAAACAAAUUCUCUGUAAGACCAAAGACUGGGAAAGUAGAAACAAAAGCAUUCGAAGGUGAUCAAGGAACUGGUGGUGUUAAAAGGGCAAACAAAGAUAUUUUUGAACAUGAUAGAAAACGUCAGAUUGAACUCAAAUUGGUUGAUUUGGAAGAUAAAUUGAUUGAACAAGGUUAUACUGAUGCUGAGAUUUCUCAGAAGCUUGAUGAAGCAAGGAAAUCAUUGGAAGAAGAAUCUCAAAAUACAAACAUCUCUGGAAGCGAAAAAACAACAACCAGGGUUUCGGAUACUCAGACACAUCAAAUUGCUGCUAGAAAGGAGAGACAGAUGGAGACAUUAAGGUCUGCCCUUGGCAUAAAUAAAGUUGAUGGGAUGUAGCCAUGUAGGACACACAUCCAGUUGACCAAGUCUGCGCAUGAAGAUAUAGCCCUGAUGUAUAUGUUUCUGAAUGAAUCUUUUGGAUCAGAAUGAGAUUUUGUUAUUUGCUUGAACUCGUCAGAUUUUUUUUUUUUAAUUUUGUGUAAAUAGAGAUAGUGAGUGAACUGAUAGUUUUUUUUUUUUGUGUGAUUACGAUAUGGGUUCCAAAUUCUACAUAUUUGUUUACUGCCAAUGGUUUUUGUUCUU